UGAGACAAAUACCUACUUACUCCUUCAUACACAAAUAAGGUCAUCAUUUCCUACGGCUAUAUUACAGAAGUGGUUCAGAUUUCGAACCCUCAGUCUUUGUGCACGAGUUGGUGUGAUAACAUAUGGAGCUUGUCAUCUAGUAAUUCCUUAUCAAUCAGUUAAUAAAGAGUAAAUCAACGUAAUCGCAUUCCUAGAAGUCAUGCCUUUCAAGCCAAUUGAAAACCCAAAGUGCCCAAAAUGUGGCAAAUCCGUGUAUGCGGCUGAAGAACGACUUGCCGGUGGAAAGAAAUUCCAUAAGAACUGUUUCAAAUGCGAGGUUUGUUCCAAGGCUUUGGACUCAACCCUUUGUAACGAGCAUGAGGACAAACUCUACUGCAAAAAGUGCUAUGGGGGUAAUUUUGGACCCAAGGGAUACGGAACCGGACAGAGCAGUAUCAUGUCGGAACCAACGGCCCAAAAGGAGUAGAUUGAAUCGCACGGGAUGGAACGGAUGUUACUCGAAUAAUUAUAAUUGAUGGCUUUAUAUUAUCUUUUAACCAAACCUGUAUCUAAGAUUACUAUACGGUCGGACUACUAAAACUUGCGUUAUAAUUAAUAUUAUUAUAAGGGACAGUUCCUAGUAGGACUUAGCAAUCGCACAGCUUAACUUUAAUUUUAACUAUAAAAUUGUACAAUUCAAAGGGGUAUAUUUAUUCAACCAAAAUGUUAACAGGAAGAUAUGUAUGUUUAUUUGUUUUAAAAAUUCAGUUGCUAGUCAUUCCCUCUAAAAUAACUAUUAGAAUUUGUAACAAAUUAUUUUUAUUUUGAACAAAGGUACAUACACUUUUGAAAUAAAUAUGGAGUAUAUUGUGCUGAUUGUAGAAAAUACGAGAUCCUAUACUGCCGUGCAUGUCCCUUAUAAUAAUUUACAUGAAUAAAUAAUUUUAAAUACUAUGA